AUGUUCCACAACCUAGCCUCCAUUUGCAGGGGUGAAGGCCUCAAGACCCAUGUUCUCAACAAUGACAGGACAUGUAUCAAAGCAAGAAUCCCUCCUCAGAUCAAAUACCCACACAAAGAAUACACAAAGCUAACUGAAAUAACUAACAUUCCUUCCUCAUUCACAUCACCCAACCAACCUUCCCCACCCCAAUCCCUCUUAAAAGUAUCACACAAUCACAGCUACAAACUUUUCCACUUCACACCUGAAAUGAUCACCACCCUAAAAAACAAGGCCAUGAUCAAGUGCUCAACUUUUGAGGCCAUGGUGGCCCACCUGUGGAAAUCAAGGACAAGGGCUAUCUUUGAAGACCCAUGUGGGGUUUCAUUAGUACUCUUUGCUAUGGACAUUAUGAGCAAGAUAACUCCACCCUUGCCACAUGGGUUUGUUGGGAAUGCUGUUGUAACAGCUUGUGCAAGUGCAAAGGUGGUGGAUUUGAAUAAGGAGUCUUUAGGGUUUUGUGUUGACAAGUGA